CAGCCUAGAAGAUGAAUAAUCUUUCCUUUAGUGAACUCUGUUGCCUGUUCUGUUGUCCACCAUGCCCAGGGAGAAUUGCCUCCAAACUGGCAUUCUUACCUCCUGACCCCACAUACACUCUGAUGUGCGAUGAGAGUGGUAGUCGCUGGACUUUACAUCUCUCAGAGCGAGCAGACUGGCAAUAUUCUUCUAGAGAAAAAGAUGCUAUUGAGUGCUUCAUGACUAGAACAAGUAAAGGUAACAGGAUUGCCUGUAUGUUUGUGCGCUGCUCACCUAACGCCAAGUACACGUUGCUCUUCUCACACGGGAAUGCUGUUGACUUAGGUCAGAUGAGCAGCUUUUACAUAGGACUGGGUUCACGGAUUAAUUGCAACAUAUUCUCAUAUGAUUAUUCUGGAUAUGGUGCAAGUUCUGGAAAGCCAACAGAGAAGAAUCUCUAUGCUGACAUUGAUGCUGCUUGGGUAGCUCUUAGGACAAGGUACGGAAUCCGCCCUGAAAAUGUGAUUAUAUAUGGCCAGAGUAUAGGAACAGUACCAUCUGUGGAUCUUGCUGCUAGGUAUGAAAGUGCUGCUGUGAUUCUCCAUUCUCCACUGACCUCAGGAAUGCGGGUGGCUUUUCCUGAUACAAAGAAGACCUACUGCUUUGAUGCAUUCCCAAACAUUGACAAAAUUUCUAAAAUAACAUCUCCUGUGUUAAUAAUCCACGGGACUGAAGACGAAGUAAUUGACUUUUCACAUGGCCUAGCGUUAUUUGAGCGUUGCCAGAGACCUGUAGAACCACUGUGGGUAGAAGGAGCAGGACAUAAUGAUGUGGAACUCUAUGGACAGUACCUUGAAAGGUUGAAACAGUUUGUGUCUCAGGAUCUGGUGAACUUGUAAUUUCCUUUGUAUAUUUAUAUGCUUUUUCAAUUCACUGUGGAACUGCACACCUUGAUAACACAUAAAACCUGAAGAUUGUGUUUUCAAAUCAUCUUGGUUGCCUUUAUUAAAUGUACAGCUAAUGAUUUGUCAACAUAAUUAAUGAAGGUUUUAACGCCUGUAUUAUAAACUGGAAUUACAUGAUCUGGCAGUCAAGCUUGGCAGUUCAUAUUACUUUGUGAGUUUUUUUUCAUUCUUAGAUAUACAAAAAAACCCACAAGAAGUACUGUAUGAAAUUCCAGUUAUAUAAAAUCAAAUGCUGUAAGGGUGUUGCCAAAUGCUUUAGCAUAUGAAAAACAAGUUUAUAAAUAUUUUUUAAGCAUCUCAAAAUGUACUGUGACUUACUCUGUUGCACAGGUGUAAAUUAAGAAACAGACUUCUAAGCAGGUGUUCUGUAAAAAUGUAGUAGCCAGGAAAUUUGAACAAAUAGUAAUGUAUGUAGAAAGAAUAGUCACUGGAAAUUACUAUGCCCUGUUAUAAGGGAGGGGAUCAAAAGAGUUCGCUCUUUCUGUAUUUUUCAUAUCUUCUGUGCUUGGUUUUACUUCAGUUAUUUUGUUCUUGUAUUGUCCCUAACUUUUCAGGUUAAACAAAUGUACUCACUCAUCUUUUCAACAGUCCUAAUCUUGCCAAAAUAAUACUGCAAAUUACCGUUGUUGUAAUGUAAAUAUCAUUCACAUGAUUGCUACUGAGGCCACCAAGUACUUCCUUGAAACCAGUGAGACUUUUAGAACCUAAAAGGCUUUGUGGACAGUGCUGUUUUGAACACUGAUGGCCUAGAGAUGAAGUAUUUCAUUAGGGAGAACUAGGAAGCUUAUCCAACUCUGUAAUAAACUAAUUGCAAGUUCAUGGCUGUCUGUUCCAGCUUACUUUUGGAUGUUUAAUGUAAAAGCUUACUGUUUUUUGAGUAUUGUAUGGAAAUUUUACUAAUCACACCUGGAUGGGUGGGGGGAGGGGCAAGAAGAGAAUGUUGACAUUUUUCUAUUAACUCAUAGUAAAAUAAAUUUUAAGUUGCCUUUCCCUUGAAUGCAUUUUGCGUGAAUAAAAGUAUGAAAAAUAAAAUUAAGUAUAUGUAGCCUAUUUGUAAACAAAGUAAUAUUCCAACAAUACACACUGUGCUUCUGAUUUUAAGGCCUUAUGUAGCUUAUUUGUUUGGCUUGUUUUUUGUGAUUGAGACUAUUGUAUACUUAAAUGUAUCUUCAAGUAUUGUGAAAACCUUGGUUAAGAUGUGUUGAUUAACAGUAAACAAUAUUCCACA